AUGACACCACAGCAGGGUUGGGACCCGAGCCUGUUCAAAAACCGAAAACCAUGGAGUGUUGGAAGCAACCCGUUAGCAUGGCAAAGCGACGGCAAAUAUCGUUCAGGUUCGGUGCUCUCAUUCCGGUCAGCAAGCGAAAAUCUCGACUCGGACGCAUCAUGCGAGUCUUUUGAAGGAGAACAACAACAGUCGCGAACAGGGUCCGUAGAUUCCACCUCUGUCGAUAUGGGUGCAUCGCACAGCUGGAGGGCGUCGACUCGACCCGAAUAUGUUCAUCGGAUCCUACGCGAAGAACAAAAGGCAGGCGUAGAUGCCCCCGACUUUCCGGGCAACAAGACUUGGGGCAGCAACUACAAUUCGCCGUAUUUCAAUUGCUGGAGGUCCGGAUCAUAUUCGAGAAAAUCCUCUGGUACAACUCCGAGCAUCUACCAUGAUGCUCUGACAUCUCCCGCAGAGCUACCACUGCUCGAGACAGCACUGCUCCCCUGUAGUGACAAGUAUCAAAUGCCUACCUCGGCGAGACGAGCACCACAGCUCUCAGGCCGUCAUUCGCUGACGGAUCAGUUCGAGAACGUGGGGGUUUCUAGAAGAAGUGGGAGCCCUUCAGAUGCCCUUCUGAACGUCAGAGGUGCCAUCAAGUGCAAGCAUUCAGAGGCACCAGCAAGGAACUUUGAGCAGACGAACUCGUCCAAGUCACACAAGAGGGCUGCUUCUGCGCCCGACAUUUCAAGACUGAUCGACCUCGAAGCCUCGCAGGAUCCGUACGCCGAGGUACCAUCACCGAGCGAAGUCAUGGUGGUUGCCAAGCAGUUCAAUCUACAGAACCUGGGUCGCGCGAGUCAUGCGAGUCUAGGCAUGAUUUCCACCAGCAGUGACGCGUUCGCGGCCCGGGCCGUGCCAACAGAAGACGAUGACGGGGUUCAGGCGCUCCCUGCUCCGAGACAUGUGCAAGACUCUUCUCCCUCGACUCCGCAUUUUCACCACGACCAGAAGAUUGUCCGGCAAUCAAGCUCCCUGGGCGAGGACGAAGGGGAAACCCCGGUGUGCAUGUUUGUCGAUGACUGCGACACGGGAUCGCAACUCAGAAAGGCCAUAUCCCACCUGUUUGGGCGAAACAAGACUUGCACGCUGAAGAUUCCCAAGAUGGUGUGGGUUUACUACUGCCGAAAGCAUUACCAGAGAGUGCGCUAUCGCAACGCCCGGACGUAUCCCGUCACGCAGAUGGAGCUCGUGGAGGCCCAGAUCGAGCGUCUCAAAGCCUGGAGCGAUGAGAACCAAGCAAGGGGCAAGGGCGCCUACAUCAAGUCGUGGACCUUGUCGUUGCGAAAGCGCGAGGAGAAGAGGCUGCGGGGAAGCAAAAGAGCAGCCGAGGACGAGGACGAUGCGGCGGCGGCGGCGGCGGCGGCGGGCCCGGGGCCAAGCAGCCAUAUCCCGUCGUGGAUCCUCGACGAGCUCGGGGCCGGCUUCGACACCGCCCGCAUGUUUUCUAUUGCCGACCGUCUUCGCCAGGAGAUUGAGUCGGGGACCUUGUCGCAGGUGCCCGAGAUUGAGUUUCUGCCAGACAUUGUGGAUGACGACGGCGAGAGGGAUUCGGGCAAGCCAGCCCGUCACCGAUGGCAGAACGGGGCUGCCGGCGCGGCCAAGACUCCGAAGCGAAAGGCGCACGAAUUUGCAGCAGCGACCGGCAGGGGCGCGGCGCCGUACCAGCAGGCAGCAGUUCCAUGGGCAAGCCACCACGGCUCUGAUGAGGUGGCCGGCGAGCCGAGCCCCUCGGGGAAACGGCCUCGCACCGCCCGCGCCGCCACUUUCCCGCAGCACCAGCCGUCGCCGGACCUUGGAGGAGCCUCUGCGUACAUUGACGGGCUGCCGCUUCACGCCUACAUGGCACCAGGCCCUUGUUGCGGACCGAGUGAUCCAAGCGGCGGGCCCGGCGGCGCUCACCACGGCCCCCCUCGGGCGCUGAACGUCGUGCCGAGGAUGCAGCCGCUGGAGCAUCACUCCCUCACAGUCCAUCCGCAUCAUGAGCCGGCUGCCGGGCGAGGCGAGGCAUUCCCCAACGUCGACGGAGCAGCCGGACACGCCCGCACGGCUUCGCACCAGGGCGCUCGCGAAGCAGGAUCCGGACCCGGGGCGUACGCUCACCAUCAAGUCUCCGGCUACAGCCACCAGCAGCAGCAGCCGCCUCCUCUCCCAGCAAGUCGCAACAGCCUACCUUCGAUCGCGACUCAGAUGCAGAGCGGCCGCGUGUCCGGGUACUCGCACGUAGACGCCCCCCCCUACGGACAAGGGCCUCCGCGCCUCACGCACCACCGAUCGGCCAGCGCCUACACGCCCGGCAGCAGGCUGCUCUCCUCCACCCACGGCCGGCCGUCCGCCUCGGCCAGCGCCGUCCCCGCAGCCGACCCCAGGCUGCCUCGCCAGGCAGCCACGACACGGGGAGGACACGCACUGCUCCCCCCGCCCCGCGACGACGCGCAGCACCACCGAGGACCGGCCUACGGCGAGGACGCCCGGCGCCGCGGCCAGCACGACGACGGCCGACAGCGCUGCGGCCCAGGGUGGUGCACCCACCUGCCGCGGCACUACGAGCACGGGGUGGUCCCGGGAGGACCGGACGGGGCGGGCGGAAACCCGCGGGCCUGGUGA